AUGAGUGUAAAAAAAGUUGCAGUGAUUGGCGCUGGGGUCAGCGGAUUAGGUGCCAUUAAGAGCUGCUUGGAGGAGGGACUUGAACCUAUAUGUUUUGAAAAGAGCAAUGACAUUGGAGGGCUGUGGAGAUAUGAGGAAACACCUCAAAGUGGAAGUCCUGGUAUAUAUAAAUCUUUGACCUGCAACACCUCCAAGGAGAUGACAGCCUUCAGUGACUACCCUAUGCCUGAUCAUUAUCCCAACUAUUUGCACCAUUCUAAAAUGAUGGAGUAUCUCAGAUUGUAUGCCAGUCAUUUUGAACUUACAGAACACAUCCAGUUCCAGACAAAGGUGUGCAGUGUGAGGAAACGUCCUGACUUUUCAUCCUCUGGCCAAUGGGAUGUUGUGGUAGAAGCUGAUGGGAAACAGAAAACUUACAUUUUUGAUGGAGUCAUGAUCUGCAUUGGCCAAUACUCUGAAAAAUAUUUGCCUUUACAAGAUUUUCCAGGGAUCAACAAGUUCAGAGGCAAAUACCUCCACAGUUGGGACUACAAGCACCCAUAUGAUUUUGUGGGGAAGAGAGUGGUUGUGAUUGGCAUUGGGAAUUCUGGAGCUGAUGUAGCUGGGGAGAUCAGUCGUGUUGCUGAGCAGGUUUUCCUCAGCACGAGACAAGGUGCAUGGAUAUGGACCCGGGUCUGGGAUAAUGGAAAUCCCAUGGAUGCAGCACUCUUCACUCGCUAUAACAGAGCCGUCCAAAAAUUCUCCCCCACAUUCCUGAUCAACAGAUGGACAGAGAAUAAAUUAAAUAGAAGGUUUAACCAUUCCAACUAUGGACUACAGGCUAAACACAGAUUUCUCAUCCUUCCGUCUACUCUCAGUGAUGACCUGCCAAGUCACAUAAUCACUGGACGAGUGCUGAUAAAACCAAAUGUGAAGGAGUUCAUUGAGACAUCAGUCAUCUUUGAGGAUGGAACCAAAGAGAACAUUGAUGCUGUUGUGUUUGCCACAGGCUACACCUUGUCUUUCCCUUUCUUGGAGGAUGAAGCAAUACUAGACAGCCAGCACACCCUUUUUAAGUCUGUCUUCCCCCCUCAGCUAGAGAAGCCAACACUAGCUUUCAUUGGCCUCCUCCAACCAGUGGGAGCUAUCAUCCCCACAUCAGAACUGCAGAGCCGAUGGGUUGUGCAAGUAUUUGCAGGACUGAAAAAAUUGCCCUCAGAAAGUGGCAUGAUGGCUGACAUCAACAGAAGAAAAUGGAAAAUAGCAAAACAGUUUGUGAAAAGCCCAAGAGUUUCACAUCGAGUACAAUAUAUUGACUACAUGGAUGAAAUUGCUUCUGAGAUAGGAGUCAAGCCUAAUCUGUUCUCUCUCCUUCUCUGGGAUCCAAAGCUAGCCAUAGAGAUGUUCUUUGGUCCCUGUUCUCCAUACCAGUUCCGCCUACAGGGACCUGGAAUAUGGACCGGAGCCCGCACAGCUAUCCUCACUCAGAGAGAUCGAAUCCUCAAACCCCUGAGAACACGUGUGCUCAAACAGUCUGAGGCUUCCUCUUGUAGUCUGUUUUGGAUCAAAAGUAUCUGCGUUGUCAUUUGUCUCUUUAUUUUCAUGUUAGUCACCAUAUAG